AUGGCCGGCAACGGGGGCUGGGGUGAAGCCCUCUCCAAAGCACAAGCGACGGUGUCGCAGAUGUCACUGGAAGAAAAAGUCAACAUCACUGUAGGCUAUGGGAGCAAGACCACGGCUUGCAGUGGUAGUGUUCCUGCUAUAAACCGCCUGGGGUUCCCGGGGAUGUGUGUGCAGGAUGAUCCGGCUGGUGUUAGAGGUGCGGAAGGUGUGAAUAGUUAUCCAGCUGGUGUGCAUGUUGGUGCGAGCUGGAAUAAAUCCCUCGCCUACGAUCAGGCAUAUGCAAUGGCUGGCGAAUUCAAAAGAUCAGGUGCUACUGUGAGUCUGGGUCCGGCGGUGCUUGGUCCAUUCAGUAGAAUUGCUCGUGGAGGACGGAAUUGGGAAGGCUUUGCUGCGGAUCCGUAUCUCAGUGGAAUUUUGGGAGCCAAUUCUGUGGAAGGGGCUCAGGAUGGUGGUGUGGUAUCGUGCACCAAGCACUCCAUUGGAAACGAGCAAGAAGAACAUCGAUUUGAGAAGAGGGACCCCGUAACCAACCACACGAUCGAGACAUCCUCGUCCAACAUCGACGACAAGACCAUGCAUGAGAUGUACAUGUGGCCCUUUGCGGAUGCUGUUCACGCUGGGACUGCCAGUAUCAUGUGCUCCUACCAACGCGUAAACAACAGCUAUGCCUGCCAAAACAGCAAAAUAAUGAACGGCCUCCUCAAAACAGAGCUCGGCUUUCAAGGCUUCGUAAUGAGUGAUUUCAAGGGCCAGAAAACAGGCACGGCAAGUGCGUUAGCCGGCAUGGACAUGACGAUGCCCCUCGCAACCCCAUACUGGGGUUCUCACCUCCUCGAAGCAGUCCGCAACGGCUCCGUCCCUGACGCGCAACUGGAGAACAUGGCCACAAGGGUCAUCGCCGCCUGGUACUACAGUAAUCAGGAUGACCCAAGCGUUCCCCCAGUUGGCGUGGGUAUUCCAUAUGAUAUCCACAGCCCGCACACCAUGAUCGAUGCGCGGGACCCUAACGACGCGGACACUCUCCUGCAGGGAGCAAUCGAGGGGCAUGUGCUAGUGAAGAAUAUCGACAAAGCCUCUCCCUGA